CCAGCGUGGAGCGCGGGGGCUCGUCCGGCCGGGCCUGCCAGCCGCAGCCGUCUGCCGCGCCGGGCUCCCCUGCUGGCCCGGGCCGCCGCUGCGCUCUCCUUCUCCCACAGUCUCUCUAGCCCCGCUGCUGGGAGCCGCCGCCAUGGCGGCGACCGAGGAGAGGAGCCUCGACGACUUCUUCGCCAAGCGGGACAAGAAGAAGCGGAAGGAGAAGAGCAGCCGAGGGGCCGCCGCCGCCUCCAGCGCCGCCUCUAGCGCUUCGGGGGCGGCCGGAGGAACGCGCCCGGCUGACGGCAGCGGCUCCGGGGCCGCCGCCUCCAACGCCGGCUCCGCCAAGACGGCGACCAAGGAAGAAGAUGAUUGGAAGGAGUUCGAGCAAAAGGAAGAAAUUGAUUAUAGUGGUCUUAGAGUUCAGUCCAUGCAAAUAAGUGAAAAAGAAGAUGAAAAAGAUGAUGAUGAAAGUGAAAAAAGAGAAGACCACGGUGACCACUGGGAGGAGAGUGGUGGUGGUGGUAUAGACAGAUCAUCUGGUCCUUGGAACAAGUCAGCUCCUGCACCAGCACCUGUCGUCGAGCCAGUUGUUACAGAAGCCCCCGAACCAGUUCAGACUGGUGGUGUGUACAGGCCUCCUGGUGCCCGGGAGGGUGGCAGGCCACGGAGAGCACAGCAAGGACCACCAGAAAUCUAUAGUGAUACGCAGUUCCCAUCACUGCAGUCCAUCGCCAAGCUCAUAGACAGUCGAAAGGAUAAAGAAAUGGAGAAGAGCUUUGAAGUAGUAAAACACAAAACUAGAGGUAGGGAUGAGGUGUCAAAAAACCAGGCACUUAAACUUCAGCUAGACAACCAGUAUGCUGUGCUUGGGAAUCAGUAGAGCUGCAUACACAUUACAAUUAAGGAAUGCUUUUUGGUAACCCUUCUACUAAGGUAACUAAACUACAGCUAACGGCUAUGAUGAACAUGCCACCUUAUUUCUGCUGGAUCUACUGCAGCAAGUGCAGACUACUUUUGACGUAAGUGCUUGGUUCUCCUCCGCUAUGGAAGCGUUACAUGUUACAACUUCUCCAUUGGAAAUGGGGCAGAUUAAAUGUAAAUGAUUGAACAAGAGUCAUCAGUGUUCUUUAAUUGCUCAGAAAGAUACCUUCAGCCAGUGGUCAUUUCAAAAUCUUUUUAUGUUCAGAUACUGAGCCUUCGUAAAGGUUGACUACCUCAGACUUGCUGCACUCAUUGUGGACACCAUGUGGAUCACAACUUCUGGAAGAGAAGGUUACAGCUGUUUUAGUGGCCAUCUGAAACUUGAAACCAGCUCUACUGGAUUCCUGUCAGAAAUCCUGCAGAAGUCAGCCAUUUGGUUCCAAUUUGCUAUAACAAAGAUUUAAGUGACCUUAAAUGACAAACGUAUUCUGUUCCCCUUCUGAGGAAUCCUGUUAUGUGUAGCCAUAGCCUACUAGAGACUUCUGGAGCGUACCAAUACCACUCAUGCUACCCAAGUAUAACAGAGCUGUAGUUUGUUUACCUUUUUAGAUAGCUGUACUGAAGUAACUGCAAAACAAAUUAAAACUCACUAUCAGAUUGGAGGAACAAUGGGUUUGAAUGGUCUGUUUGCAUUAGCCAUUUUCACAGUUGUCUGUUGAUGCAUCUUGUUUUUCCUGUUCUCCACAAACAAAUGCCUGCCUUGUUUCUGAUAUCAAAUUGCAGUAUAUUUAAGUAACGAUGAGAUGUUGUAGUGAAAUAGGGUUUAUUUUGGCUUUUGUCAUGAGGUUUGUCUUUCCUACCCUACAGCAUUAAGAGGCUUUUUUACACAGAGGUAUCCAGAUUCUUUAAGUAAAGGAUUUGGCUUUUAAAGAUGAGAUACGUGGCCAUAGUGGUACUAGAUAAAAACUUCUCUAUUAAAAAGUUACUUGUUUGUUGAAGGGUAAUGGUUAUGUGAUAACCAGAAUAACAUAGUAUGCAGAGGGAUAACUAGAGCUGGUAAGCCUUAUUUGUUUGGCUACUUCUGUGAAGCAUGCAGGCUUUUUGAGGCAGAAAUCCUCUAUGUAAAACUCAAAUGCUGUUUAUUCAAAGUUGGGAAGUUUAGUACUAAUUGAAAGCAGUGGCUUCUUCCAGUUGUUUUCAUCUCUGAUUUAAUUGAGUGGAAGUAGGCAAAAUGGCACUGAUACACUAAGAAUUUAGGACACUGCCCCCAACACUGAUUUGAUGAACCAAACCUGUCAAGUACCAAGUGUCCUGCUGUAACUGCUUUUCUCUUCUCUGAGUUCUUAUACCAGAAGCAAAAUGAAGUAAACUAGUGGCAUGCUCCAGUGUUGAGGUUUCUCAGAGUAAAUGCCAAAAACUAGACCCAACAUCUACAGGAGUUGCCAAUGGCAAGAAAAACCAGGGAACAAAACAAAACUUGUUGGCUCGUGUGGUAGUUGUGUGUAUGUGCAGAAGAUGAGGUUAGUGCAGGAAUCGCCUCACUGGGUUCCCUUUGACUAACUGCUGACUUGCUUUAAAUCUGCUUCUCUGAGGCCAAUGGGAAUUUUGCUGUUGACUUCAGUGGGGCUGGGGCUUCACCUGAGUCUUUUGUGCACAGACUAAAACUGGCCUUGCCCUUGCAGAGUUACCUGUCUCUAAAACUUCUGCUAGAAGCUGCUAUUAAAGAGGGCUCAAGAAAUUAUCCAUAAAGCUGGAGGGUUCAUUUGGAAGCAAAACCUCAAUGGAAGACUCGUACCAAUACCUUGGACUCUGAGCCAUGUAUCUUCCUUGAAAAUAUGUUGUUGCCAGCUAAACUGUUGAUUUGUCACUAAAGAUUUCUGUGGAAUUCAUGCUAAAUGGACACGCUGCUUGAUGGGGUAGAAACAUGAAAGCUUCAAACACGUUUCUUGAUGCUCUAAAGGUAUUGGGAUUACCGAUGAACUGAGUUUUAGUCUACUGUAUGAAGGGUAGAUGAGACCGUUCAUUGUACCAUCUUUUGAGGUUUUGGGCAUGAAUUCUGGCAGUUCAAGAAAACCCUGUAACAGUUUCAAAUCAAAUAAAAUGGAAAUACAGAGUCUGGAGUCUAAUGAAUCUUUACCUUUAGUUCUAGCUUAUGACAGCUGAGGAGACACAGAACAUUUGGAUCUCUUAAGGGACAGGGCAUGGAGUGGGUAAAGUCAGCCUUAUGGUCAGGUGGGCUGUGUGUAAGAGCUUAGAGCAGUGCAUUCUAAUAUGACUUCUGUUUGUACAGAGAAGUUUAGUUACUUCCUGUUAGAGUGUCUUCUUAUUCCCACCCUAUAUGACUGGAUUGAGAUUGUGAAUUGAGCGUGAAUGAAGCCUUGGUUUGCUUUUCACUUGAAGGUAGCUCUGCUAAAUCAAAGAAGGAAAUAAACCCAUAAAACCUCUUGGAUGGGUGCUGCCACCAGAGUCCAUCAGCUACUGAUAACUAGAGCUGUUACUCUGGGGGGCUUUUCUUAAGCAUUUCAUUCCAGGUUCUGGAGGCAUCAAGGAAAAGAAAGAAAACGCAGCAAUUUCCAUAGCACAGAAUGUUAAACUAUUGAAAACUGUUUCUCGUAUUAAAUAUCGCUGCCACGAACUAGCAAAAAAACAGUUGUCAGCAUCUUCCUGUAACAAUGAAUUGUGCAUGCCUGAAAUCUUGGAAGUCAUCCCUCUGUGGAAGCUCAGUAUGCUUUUGAGACUCUGAAGUCCAACUUUACCUGGUUUGUUGUUGCAUCCAUUCGAGGCACGCUGAGGCUGUCUGUGUCAUUCCUUCAGAAUGCUUCCUGAAGGCUCAUUCCAUAAAUGAAGGGUUGCAGAAAUGAGAUUCUUGGUAGCACUCAGUAAAAUGCUGUUGUGUGCUCCUUCCGAACCUGUAGCAUGCUUUUGUAGUGGCUUGGUUGUUAGUUUCCAACUUCAAGGUUCCAUUUUACUUAGUGACAUGAAAUGAAAAUACAGCAGUGAAGUUACCAACUUGCUGGUAGAACAUUUAAAUGUCCAGUACCUAAAGGGAAAGGAACAGUUGGGAUUUGUGACUCUCUCGAUGAUGCAGUCUGUAUUUAAGGAAUGUUCAAAUGCCAAAAAAACUAGAUCAUUUUUAAUAAAGUUGGACUUCCCAAAUCCC